AUGAUUCCCGACGACGAGCAUUCCAUGGAAUUUAUUCCAAAGGAAAAUAAUAUUGAUGAGAAAGAUCAACGUCGAUUGACGUUACUCAAUGAUCCAAAUUAUGGUAUAAUUCUUUGCUUUCUUGAACGGUUUCGUUCUUCACUUGAUUUACCACUGUACUCAUAUCAAAGACUUGAAGAUCACCUAAUCCAAUAUCAAGACCAAAUUCCACCACGUUUGAUUGAUUUUCAUUUUAUUCUUCUCAAACGGUUGUCAUUAGCUAAAAAUACACAACGAGAGAAAUUCAAUACUAUAAUUACUAAAUUUGCCUCUCGAUUCGAUUUCAAUGAUGCUGACUCAUUGACAACAACAGGCUACUUACAAGUAGAUAUUACUAUUAAAAUUCGAAUUUUAAAGAAUCUAUUGGAAGGUCAAUUUGAUCUCAAUCAAACAUUCAAAAACACAUUGGUAGACAAAUCUGCUCGAGAAAUUAAAUCAAUACCAAUAGGUCGUGAUCGGUUUGGUGUUUCAUAUUGGCUUUUCAUGGAUACAGACUGUUUCGUGCGAUUGUUCCGUGAAGAUAUUGAUCUGGAGCGAACAUGGAGUCAUGUAGCGAAAAAUCGAGAGGAAUUUGAAAACUUUAUCAAGUUAUUAAUCACCGAUUCGGUCGUACGAAACAAAUUCGCAGAUUGGACCAUUGAUUACGAAGCAUUCGCUGCACUAUCUUUGUCAAACGAAUACGAAGAACGUUAUUUACCUUCAACUGUGAAAGAUGAGGAGGAGGAGGAGGAGGAAGAUGAAGACAAACAUCAGCAGCAACAACAACAAGAGAUGGAAGAAAGUGAAAUUAUCGAAUCAUCAACGGUAAUAGAAAAUGAAACGACGAAGAAAAGACGCGGCUGGCCAAAAGGUCUUAGUAUAGCUAAUGGAAAAGAUCAAAAUGAUACGGAAGUAAAAGAGGAAGUGAAUGGUACAUCCAGCGAUGAUGAACCGGUAAAGAAGAAACGUGGACGAGCAAGACGAGUGUCGCAAGUACCUGAAAUUAAACACGAAGAAGAUGAAAAAUCUCUCGAACCAAUAAAGAAAAAAUGUGGCCGAGCGAAAAGUUUAGCUAAGCCAUCAUUAUCAAUUGAUGCGAAUAAAAUACAUCAGGAAAUUAAACAAGAACCAGAACAAAGUGAAACGGCUGAAGUAUGUACACAACGCAAAUCUGGACGUUUAAGAACUUCAAUAAAACAAGUUAAUACGAAGAUCAAAACAGAAGAAGUUAAACCGACAUCAAAUGAUGACGCAGAAUGGGAUCUGCCAUUAACGAGAAGAUCGACUCGUCCGAGAAAACCUGUCAAUAAAGAGAUCAAACCAAUUGAUAUGGACAUAAAAGAAGAAGAGGAAGAGGUAGUCACACCUUCUCGUCGCGGUAGAAAACGUAAAACUCCUGUCGAAGAAAAUCAACAUGAUGAUCAAGUCAAACUCGCAAACGGCAAUAACAUGCAACAUGAACAAUCAUCUGAUGACAAUACAGCUGUCACCAUUCGUCGUUCAACUAGAACCAGAAAAGCGACUGUACCGGAUUCAACGAUCAAUUCACAAAUUACUAAUGGGAAAAAGAAACGCUCUAUGAAUGGUAAAUCGAAAGCAUCACAUGAACCUUCAACAACACAGAAGUCCGAUCGUUCUCGACGUCGACGUAAAGUCACUUCACGACGAAAUUUUGAUGAUGAAUUCUGUUUAUCCAGUUCAACUUCCGACGAUCAUCUUGAUUAUGAAUCUGACUACAAUUCGGAUGAUUAUCUCCCUAAUCCAGCUGAACUCGAACAUGAUGAAAAUUUCUUCGAGCUUGACGAAGAUAACAAUCCGACAGGUGAAGAACUACGUACAGCAAAAACAGCUCAAGCAUCAACCGUCAUCAUCGCUUGUCGUGUAUGUUCAAAAAGUGAUCGACCGGAAGUCUUACUAUUAUGUGAUGAUUGCGACGAUGCUUACCAUUUGGAAUGUUUACGUCCGAAGCUUUUAUCCGUACCCGAUGGUGAUUGGUUUUGUCCAUUAUGUGAACAUAGGAAAUUGUCCAAUUGUUUACUUGAAAAACUAAAAGGGUUACUGAUUAAUUUUAAUCAAAUGGAAACGAAACGUUUAGAACGUGAAUCGAAGAAAGUACUUGAACGGAAGUUAAGACCGAAAGAAUAUGCAAGUGAUGAAAGUGUGACUGCAUCGGAGUCUGAACUUGAAAAUCUCGCUGAGAAUAAUCUCUACGGUGACGAAUCGAUGUUAUCAAUCAAUCAAGUCAAUGAAAAUAGUAAUCUUUCAUCAACACACUUUGAUGAUUCGAGUAAAAACAUCAGUCAACGCGGUCGACAUCGACGAACACGCUUCGACAUGAAUAAGAUGCUUAACAAUGAUGAUGAUUCAGACGAAAAUAAAUCAGAUACCGACGAAGAUGACGAAUAUGUUGAGGCUUCAACACAGAUCACCAAUUUCGAUGUACAGAUACCGAAGAAAAUGACAAGAUUAUUCAAUCAACGCUAUCGGCCGAUUGCUCGAAAUGAUCAACAGAUCAAACCGAAACCUAUCGCACCACGUUUAUAUCCAACGUCUGUAAAUCUGAAUGAAAAACUUGGUUCACCAAUAAUUUAUGUUAAUGGUGAUGGCACUUCUCAUCAAAUCAGAUCGGUUAUAACAAAUUCGAAUCAAACACUGAAAAUUGUUCGUCGAUGGAACGAUGUUCAACGACGUAACCGGCUUCGAACAAACAAUACAAAACUGUUGAACGAUACAACAUCGGAUUGCGCGGAUGAGAAUUCCGUUUUCUGUCCGGAUGAUGGAUCACCACCACGUUCGAAUGAUAGCAAUAGUAAUUGCGAUUUAAGAGAUGAAGACUCAACAAUAAUUCGAUCAAAAAUCACCUUGACACAACCAGCAAGUUUGGUACCAGUUUACAAAAAUUCGACCAAGAAUGUUGUCAGAAAAAAUGAAGUGAAUUUCGAUCGACUCACUCGUGAUAUUCAAUACGCAGUGAGUGAAGCAAACACUUUAUCAACUGUUCCCAAAGCAGUAGAUCAACAGCGAACUCAGAAAACCAAUUUCUCGCCAUAUUUCACCAAUGUUGCUUUACGACCUCUUCCUGUAAUUUUACCUAAACCAGCCGGUGUUGGAUACAAGAUCUUCAAAUCGAAAGAUCCUCCAACUUCUACAUCGAUCACAAACAUCAAUACUACAACUGCUUCUACUGAUCUUUCCAAUAUUAUUCUUACACCGUCAUCAUCAUCUUCUUUACUCGAUGGUAACGACGAUCAAUCAACAGCACCAAUGAAUACUUAA